GGCUGUCACCCCCGCCGGUGUCACCCCGCGGUGACACAGCAGCCGGCGUCACCUCCCUGCUCUCAUUUUGGGGUGUCCCUCCCCUCUGAAAAACCCCUGUGCCCGCCCAGUCAUGUCCUGGGGACACCCCAGCAGUCCCCAUCCUGCAGGGACAAUAAACGGGGGUGGGGGAGCUCAGGGAGAGGUGACAGGGUCCCGCUCCCUGCCCGCCCGCUGCCCACCCGGCCCCGGCCCCAUGCCACGCUCCCACGGGGACAAGGGGACCCCCAAGGACAAGGAGCCCCCGCAGAAGGGGAAAGGGGGGCACGAGGAGGGGGAGAAACCCUCCAAAACCCCCGAGGACGCCGGUGCCCCGGCCCCCAAGAAUUCCGACUCCGAAUCCCGGCACGGCAGCCACGGGCAGAAGGGUGGGAAGAAGGGUCCCGCGGACCCGCACGCUGCUGCCACCAAGACCUACUCGCCCUUCCUCAACACCGUCUUUGGCAAGGAGCGGGAGCUGUCACCGGAGGAGCUGGAUGAGCUGCUGGACGCCUUCAAGGAGUUCGACACGGACCAGGAUGGCUACAUCAGCUACAAGGACCUGGGAGAGUGCAUGCGCACGCUGGGCUAUAUGCCCACCGAGAUGGAGCUCAUCGAGAUCUCCCAGCACAUCAAGAUGAGGAUGGGUGGCCGUGUGGACUUCGAGGACUUUGUGCAGAUGAUGGGCCCGAAGCUGCGGGAGGAGACGGCGCACAUGGUGGGCGUGAGGGAGCUCAAGAUCGCCUUCCGCGAGUUCGACAUGAACGGCGACGGGGAGAUCAGCACGGCCGAGAUGCGCGAGGCCAUCGCGGCGCUGCUGGGGGAGCAGCUGAAGGCGCAGGAGGUGGACGAGAUCCUGCAGGACGUGGAUCUCAAUGGGGACGGCCACGUGGAUUUCGAUGAGUUCGUGAUGAUGCUGUCGUCCCGGUAACGGAGACACCGGGCAGGAGAGGACCCCGGGGUGACCCCCCCAGCCCCUCCUCAGCCCCUCCCUGCCCGGCCGAGAGACCCGAGAGCUCUGCCAGCAUCAGGGUUCGGAGCGAACCGCUGGAGCGGAGCGCCUGGGAACAGAAGCCAGACCCGCGACCCCAAAAGCCACCGGCUGUGGAGGCAGAGCCAGCGGAGGCCGGGGCACCCAAUAAACCCGU